GUUUGCUUCCUAAUAAGGCGUUAGUGUUCCUGAGCUCUGUGGAGAGUGGAUUAAAGCGUCAUAAAAGAAUACUUAGUAUGUCGGACUCCCUGGCCACAGUCCCAGUUGUGGAGAUCGAUCCAGAGGGGACUUUUAAGUACAUUUUGGUACGAGUGAAAGUGAAAGAUGGCGAUGUGCACAAAGAUAUUGUCCGCGGUACAAAAAGUGCAGAGUAUCACAAUCAUAUUUUUGAGAAGGUCGAGCCUGCCAUGAAGGCCUUGGGGAUGGAGUGUCAGUGCCUCGGCGGAGGGAAGAUAGAGCACAACAGUCAAGGGAAGAAAAUCAGGGUGUUUGGAGAAUCCACUGCUUUUGGCAAAGCAGAUCAUUCUGUAUCAGCAGAGAAGUUAAAGAGUGCCUUCGGCGACUAUGAGAUCACCUGGACGGAUGACGGCAAAUGAUGUGCUAUAAUUGCUUCCCAUUUGCACUCAUUAAAAUAUCAAGAGGCUACAAUCUGCAAAUGUUUUUUUCAACGAUACAAUACAACUCUGCAAAGAACUCUAUCAAACUUUUACUUUUAAUUAACUGUAAACACAAUCAGAGGCUGUGUGCCAAGCGUAAAGCCCUCACAGGAAGAAGUGAGCCAUUUUUAAUCAGAAUGAAACAUAUCCUGUGACUCAGAGAGGGAAAGUUCCAUUUUAUUUUAAAUUGAAAGGAAAAGUGACGCUUGCUCUCCUUAUCGUGGUUUUUCAUUUGUGCACGGCAGUGCAAGAUAACAGUAGAUGUCUGGUUAGACUCCUUAGUCCUGCAGACAAUACAGCAAUAACAAAUAUUUAAGCCAGGAAGGUGAAAGACAAGUUGGGACAAAAUUCAAGGAACACAGUUGACUCAUCUGAUUCGGUUUUGCUGCUGCACCAAACAAGGGAGACCGCUUCAGAGAGGGGUCUGCUUUCUUGUGAACUCUGGUGUGGUUUGGUUCACUUCAGGUCCGUUGCGAACGCUACAUGGACCUACACUAUGUUAAAAUGACAGCAAAAAGCAUGCAGAGUGCUGUCUCUCUGCUCUGCCCUUGCCCUCCGUGACAAUGGCUCUCUUUAAAGGUAUAUUUUAGAACAUUUUAGAUGAUUUUUGUGAAAUCUAAGUGGGCAAAUAUAGUACAAUAUAGUAGAUCAUUACAUCACAUAAAUAUGAAAGCUGCCCAAUUUCCUUGCUUUCUGCAUAUGUUCUUUACGCCACAGCU